AGUCGUGAAUUGAAAUGGACUCAUGUGGGAAAUGUGGGCGAUACAGAGUUGGAUACUCGGUUGUAAAAAAAAAGAGCAGGUGCAGUCGUCGCAGGGCAUGGAAGGGAGGAGAGCAUCCUUUCUUGUUCUUCGCGCUGCGAUUACGCGUGCGUAAAAAGACGCGGUUUGGACUGGACUCACCCUGCUAGCUCUCUUGGACCGAACCACUGUGUGAUAGUGACAUGAAAUAUGGUUUGGACCCGAAGGGGUGCGACAGUUCAGUUAAAGGCGUCUCAAGUAGCGUUUGUCAAGUGGUACAGCGGCUGCAAGGGAGGCGGAGGGGAGGACAAAAAGGAGGGGAGGUCUCCUACAAGGAGAGACAAUGCGGCUCCGCUAUGCGUGUAUAUGUCUGUAGACUAUUAUUUGAGCCAGUUUUCACGAAACAUAAGAAGCACAAGAUGCAGAGAAAGGAGGUGUCGUGAUUUCUUCAUUUCCCUCCUCAAAUUCUACUUUCGGCUCUAACAGAUUUUUACUUCAAGCGUUACGACUGAGAACGAAACGAAAGCAGAUAUGAAAUUUCCAGUAGAAAACCCGACUAAACAAGUUAACUGGGACCCAGAACAAGUGGCGGUCCAGACCAACUUGGUCCCUCCAAAAAAGGCCCAGCCUGGCAUGGUCAAGUCCACCCUGGUCCAGGCUAGUGUGGCCACCAUGCAGAACCCCAUGGGCUGCGACCCGAAGACCAACGGCCACUGUCAGCUUCCACGCCUCUCCAUCUCCUCGCGUUCCACCAGCGUGGUGGCCAGUUUGGACGCCAACAGCGACGGCUCUGUUGCUUCGCUGCACUCUGUGAUGAAGUGGAAAACGGUGCUGGCCGUCUUCAUUGUGGUUGUUCUUUACCUGAUUUGUGGAGCGCUGGCCUUCAAGGCUCUGGAACAGCCGUUUGAGACAAACCAAAAGACCAGCCUCACUCUGCAGAAGGCGUCUUUUCUGGAGAGGCAUCCAUGUGUCUCCCCUGAUGAGCUAAACACCAUCAUUGAGCAUGCCAUGGAUGCUGUCAGUCCAGGAUUGAGACCUCUGGAUACCACCUACAACUCCAGUUUCUGGGAUCUCAGCAGCGCCUUCUUCUUUGCCGGAACUGUCAUUACAACCAUAGGUUAUGGUAACAUUGCUCCAAGUACCCAAGGUGGGAAAAUCUUCUGCAUCUUUUAUGCCAUAUUUGGCAUCCCUCUCUUUGGCUUCCUGUUGGCGGGGAUUGGAGACCAGCUGGGGACCAUCUUUGUUAAAAGCAUUUUGAAAGUGGAAAAAAGGUUUAGGCAAAAACACAAACAGAUCAGCCAAACGAAGAUUAGAGUGACGUCGGCCAUCCUGUUCAUCCUGGCUGGCUGCAUAGUCUUUGUCACCAUCCCUGCUGUCAUCUUUAAAUACAUUGAGGACUGGAGCACGCUGGACGCCAUCUACUUUGUUGUGAUCACUCUCACAACAGUGGGAAUAGGAGAUUAUGUGGCAGGUGGAAACAGGAAGAUCGACUAUAAAAACUGGUACAAGCCUCUGGUGUGGUUCUGGAUCCUUGUGGGUUUGGCAUACUUUGCAGCUGUUCUCAGCAUGAUUGGAGACUGGCUUCGAAUGCUUUCUAAGAAGACCAAAGAAGAGGUUGGUGAAUUCAAAGCUCAUGCAGCUGAGUGGAAGGCAAAUGUGCGAGCGGAGUUUCGUGAAACACGUCGCCGUCUAAGUGUCGAAAUCCACGAUAAGCUUCAGCGGGCCGCCACCAUCCGCAGUAUGGAGCGCCGCCAGCUGGGCCUGGAGCAGCGAGCCCACUCUCUGGACAUGCUGUCCCCAGAGAAACGGGCCAUGUUUGCCAGUCUGGACGCUGGCAGAUUUAAGACUUCCUCUCAGGAGAGCAUUGACACCAAACUGAACAACCUGAGGCUAAAAGGGGCCUGCGAGCCGUACGAUCAACAGGGAAGCGAGCAGACUCCACAGACAGCCUCUUCCUCAGAGGAAAAUCUCUUCAACCUACGCUUCGGAUCCCUCACCAAGCUGGCCAGACGCAAUAAGAACCGCGAGCUGCGCAGGAACAUUCCUGACGACGUCAGACGAGCAAGUGUGGGUAUAAGCAACAGUGGCGCCAUGCAGGAGGAGCAGGAGACGAGGGACGAAGAGGAUGGGGAGAUAGAGGAGGAAAACAGAGAAAGGAAAGAGGGAAACAUCAGCCUGACAAACCUGUCACAAUAUGUAAUGGAGCGCAGCAAGCUGAAUGGGUUCAUGCCAGCACAGGCACAGGUAUCGGAUGCAUGAUUGGUAAGGCUCCAGACAGGGAGAUGCCGAGACAGACAGAAUGAUGCUCAGACUGAGUCACAAGGAGAGAAGUUGAUCCGUUGGGAUGUCAAUAAAUGUGCCUUUCUGGUUCCUAUGCUCAGACUGGAACUGCUACCAGGAAAAUCAGUCAUUGUGCCAUAACUGUGGGAAGGAAACUUGUUGCCAAAUAAGACCAAAAAAAAGCAGAUCAUAAAGAGGAUGUUGGAAGGAUACCUCAUAAAUCGCUGUCAAAUGAACAGUUUCAGUCAGCUCUGUUG